AUGGCGUCGUCGCCUCUACGGUACAAUAGCCACCUACAAGAGCUGCAAUCCGCAAAUGCUAAUGUAACUAAGUCAAAGCUGGCAACUGCGACCGAGGUCGCGACUGAUAAGAUGAACAAUACCGCCAACAACCAGCUUCCCACUCAGCCACAGCCUAACAAUGGCAACAACCGUACGAACUUCCCUCCGCCGGCGCAUGCUCUGCCUCCGCGUCCUUCGCUGCCACCAGACGUGAAGGAGGUCCUCAAGACUACCGACAACGGCCUGACUGAAGAUUACCAAAGAGUGGAGGCAUAUCGUCAAGAACAGGCGCAGCGCCAUCAGCAGCGUCCUGCCCCCGGACAAUUGCCAAAUCAUUCAGGGUUCUUCACCGGAAACCUUCCGCUGUCGGGUGUACACGGUGCCCCUCCGUUUGCAGGCUCGUUUGGACUUGCACAGCCGGGCUCUCUGAAUGCGAACCAUUCGCUGUCACACUAUUUCACGGGACAAGGUCCCUUCAACAGCGCCCCGCCUCCUCCACCGCCGCCUUCAGAUGGUGGCUUACCACCUUUCUUCACCGGCGGCUUCCCCCCACCGCCUCCUCCGCCUCCUAUGACGGGAAGUACGGGAAACACAGUAGCACACCCUUUCGCACAGAACCCACGUCCACUUCUAGGUCUUCCCCACUUCGCGCAACCGACCCCCAACAUGUCACGGUCGCAGGUGACUACCUCACAGCCUAAAGGUCCUCCAAUGCCAAACGGACCGAAGGAGAAGAAAAAAGAUCCGAAAAUCUAUCUUCCCGCACCGAUACCCACCCACCAGUACAUGAAGCAAGCUUCGUUGCAAGCCGAGGUUAGGAUCCCUCCAUCAAGGAAGCUUGUGAUCUUAGAUCUGAAUGGCACUUUACUUUACCGCCCCAAUUCCCGCAACCAGCCCAGGAAGAUGAUAGCUCGACCCUUUCUCAAGCAAUUCCUAGCCUAUCUCUUCGAUAACUUCGCAGUCAUGGUCUGGUCGUCCGCGAAGCCGGAUAACGUCAACGUUUUAGUGGAAAUUGGGCUUGAGGAAUAUCGCCACCGGCUGAUCGCUUGCUGGGCGAGGGAUACGCUUGGUCUCGAGCCGAAGCACUACAGCCUCAAUGUACAAUGCUACAAGAACCUCCAUACGAUAUGGGCGUCAAAGGAUAUUCAAUGCCAUAUGCCCGGCCAUGAGUUCGGUGCGCACUUCGACCAGCGCAAUACCAUCCUCAUCGAUGACUCCUCUCUGAAGGCCGCUGCACAACCACACAAUCUACUAGAGAUCCCAGAAUUCAAGGGUCCGGUCGCUAAUGUACCGGUUCAAGACGUCCUAUCUGAGGUCGUUGGGUAUCUUGAGGUAUUGAAGAUGCAGGAGGAUGUGUCCAAAUUCAUUCACAAAGAUCCAUUCAGGGCAAACGGAGACUGGAGGAUGGACUGGAAUGACCUGGCUCUUGAUGCUCUUCAAAACCACUUCUCGAGUCCCUUUUCGGCGAAGUGA